CAUUCAGCUCGAACUGAGUUCCAAUGCAGCGAUACGGCCAAUCAGUUCUCAUUCCCAGUUGAGUAGCGGUUGGCGAAGGUUCGAUCGGAAAUAUAGUGAAAUGGAUGGCGAAAGUGAGACUACUGCCUCUAUUGUCGAUGACGUUCGCGUGAGGUUAAUGGACGAUUGGAGGAUUCUACAGAAUGUUUUCAAGUUGGUGCAGCAGGAGGAGACUAUCUGUGCCGAUCCACAACAAUGGCAGCAACAGAAAAUAGUCGAUUUUAUGCAGCCAGACGAGCUGAAGAAACAUAUUAAUCUGACUAUUAAGGAAAAGGAAACAUCCACACUAUCCGACAUUGAAGAGAUCUGUCAACAGGUAAUUAAAUAUUCUGUAAAAUCUUCCCAUGGACGCUUCCACAAUCAACUAUUUGGUCAAAUGGAUCCCUUUGGAUUGGCUGGCUCCUGGCUGACUGAGGCAUUGAACACGAGCUCUUAUACUUUUGAAGUUGCACCAGUCUUUAGCCUGGUCGAGACUGAGGUCAUAUCAGCGGUUUGUAGAUUAGCCGGUUAUAGUCAUGGCGAUGGAAUUUUCGCGCCUGGGGGGUCCGCAUCGAAUAUGUACGGCCUGGUUCUGGCCCGUUAUAAACGCAUUCCAUCAGUGAAGUCUUCGGGCAUGUUUGGUAUUCGACCUCUAGUGAUUUUUACGUCCGAGGAUUCGCACUACAGCCUGAAAAAGGCUGCCCACUGGUUGGGUAUUGGGGCCGACAAUUGCAUAGCUGUGCGCACCAAUGCUAAAGGACAAAUGGCAUUAGACGAUCUAGAGGACAAGAUUAAAGCAGCCAAGGAGUCCGGACUUGAUCCAUUCUUUAUCAAUGCAACAGCAGGCACAACUGUGCUGGGCGCCUUUGAUGACUUGGACGGCAUUGCUGAUGUGGCACAACGUUACGGCCUCUGGAUGCAUGUGGACGCCUGUCUAGGCGGUGCUGUAUUGCUCGCCUACAAGAAUCGCUUACUGCUGAAGGGCCUACAACGCGCCAACUCCUUUGCCUGGAAUCCACACAAGACACUUGGCGUUCCGUUGCAAUGCUCCUUAUUCCUUACCAACGAAUCGGACUUGCUAGCACGCUGCAACAGCAUUGAGGUCAACUACCUUUUCCAGCAGGAUAAGUUCUAUGAUGUUACUUACGACACCGGCAACAAGAGCAUUCAGUGUGGCCGUAAAAUCGAUGCCUUCAAGUUUUGGCUAAUGCUUAAGGCACGUGGUUACGGGCUGUAUGGACACUUGGUUGAUCAUGCCAUUGAAAUGGCACGCUUACUCGAGCAGAAGCUGCGCGCACGUCCUGAUCGAUUCAGACUUGUCCUCGAUCAACAUGAAUACUCCAAUGUUUGCUUUUGGUACAUUCCGAAAGCGAUGCGAGUGCCCAGCUCUGAGGAGAAUGAAGAUUGGUGGGCGCGUCUGUAUACCGUUGCACCGAAAGUCAAGGAACAAAUGGCAUAUAGUGGCACAUUGAUGAUCGGGUAUUCACCGCUAAGUAGCCGCCAGUUGGGCAACUUCUUCCGUAUGGUGUUCACUUGCUUCCCUGUGCUCGAAGCUGCAGAGUUGGAUAUAAUAUUGGAUGAAAUCGAACGUCUGGGCGAGCUCUGACAGUGCUGAAAUGCAUAUUUAAUUAGAAAUCUGUUUAUAAUCUGACAAUACUUUACCCAAAACAAUAAAAAA